UGGAUGUCUACAACUCUGCAGUAGAUGAUUCUGUAUUAAUAUAAAAUAUAAGAGCUCCUGUCAGACUUGCCGGAUUCACAGAACCUUCACACGCCUCGGAUUUUAAUGGAGUACAGGAGCAUUUGGAUCGUGCUGUGAAUGAAGAACAUCAUUAACACAAAGAAGCUUCUGUUUGUUGUUUGAGCUCAUUGGAUCUUCAUGUUGGUGUUCAAGCUGUCAAUCAUCUUCUGACCCCGCCCACAUCCCCUUCUACUAUGAGCAGCAGUUUUGAGAAAGAGGGCGGGGUUGUUGCAUCUCCUCCCUCAUUAUAUGACCAAGCCCCUCGAAGCAUCCCACCUCUGGCUCCUCCCCUUCCCCCGCCCCUUCCUGUGAGAAACCCUGCGGGGAGGAAGAGGAGGGUGAGGAGCUUCUACUGGAAACCGAUUCCUGAAGAUCGUGUCAAGCAGCAGAACGGGCCGAACCUGUGGAGCAGCAGAGAUCCGUUCCACAUCGACAUCAGAGCCAUCGAGGAGCUGUUCGGAUACGAGGACACACCCUCGUUCACAACAACCUGCUGUGUGAUCGGACGAAGACACGCUUCUGAGAAAGAUCUCAGGCCGCAGAUCACCAUCCUGGACUCCAAGAGAAGUUUGAAUGUCUGCAUUUUUCUGAAACACUUCAAAAAGUCCAGUGAGAGUCUUCUGGAUGAUAUUCUUCGUGGAAACACAGGCGUCUUCAGCGUGGAGUCUCUCAGAGAGCUGCUGAAGCUCCUGCCGGAGGAGGACGAGGUGAAGAAUCUUCAGAUAUUCAAUGGGAAUCCUAAAGACCUGGCGCCGCCUGAUGCUUUCAUACACAAGCUCAUCCAUUUACCCAGGUAUGAGGUCCGUCUCGAGGCUCUGCUGUUAAAGGAAGAGUUUUUCCCUUCAUACACCGUCAUGAAACAUGACAUGACCAUCAUCCUGAGCACCAUUAAAGAGCUGUUGAGCUGUGAGGAGCUUCACAAUGUCCUUCAUUUAGUGCUGCAGGCUGGAAACAUCAUGAAUGCUGGUGGAUCUGCUGGUAACGCCGUGGGCUUCAAACUCUCGUCUCUGCUGUCAUUGGCUGAUACUAAAGCCAACAAACCUGGAAUCAACCUUCUGCACUUUGUUGCUCUGGAAGCUCAGAAGAAAGAUCUGCUCAUGUUUCCAGAGAAACUUCAGCAUGUUCAGCAAGCAGUGCGAGUGUGUGUUGACAGCAUCCAUGAUGAGUUUCACACUCUGACCAAAAGAGUUCAUCAGUUACAGCAAACCAUCCACUCAGAUGAUGAGCUCCUGAUGCAGCUGCAGUCCUUCCUACGGAGCGCCGCUGCAGCUCUGGAGGAUCUGAGGAUCAGUAUUGAUGAGGUUCAGAGGGAAGGAGAUGCUCUGAUCGAUUUCUUCUGUGAGGACAGAGGCGUCUUCAAACUGGACGAGUGCUUCCGAAUUUUCCAGAAUUUCUGCUCCAAAUUCAAAAAAGCAGUUCAGGAGAACGCGGAGCGAGGAAUGUGGGAGGAGUCUCGGCGCAAGCGUCUGAAGGAGUCAGAGGACAAGCGGCACUCGUGGGCGGGGCAUGGGGAUAUGGGCGGAGUCUCCAUCUUGCGGUCCAAUAGUGAAGCAGAUGUGGCAGCGGUGUUAAAGAGGGAGGGGCUUCUGGAGCUGCUCAAGACGAGUCGUCACAGUCCACGUCGCUCACCGCAACAGAAGAGCGUGACCUUUGAACCCUGUGGAUCGGAUACACUCGUACUUCCUCCAAUACACUCGCUCUCCAUCACAAACACGACAGAGGAGCCAAAGAUCCAAAAUAAGACUCUUUCCAUGCAAGAAUCGCAGAACAACGACCUUCAAACACAAAGCCAGGAAACAUCGGGAAAUACAGAACUGACUCCAGAUGUGACCUUUGACCCCUGUGGAUCGGAUACACUUGUACUUCCUCCAGUACACUCGCUCUCCAUCACAAACACGACAGAGGAGCCAGAGAUCCAAAAUAAGACUCUUUCCAUACAGGAAUCGCAGAACAACGACCUUCAAACACAGGAAAAUACAGGAAAAACAUUGGGAAAUACAGAGCUGACUCCAGAUGUGACCUUUGACCCCUGUGGAUCGGAUACACUUGUACUUCCUCCAAUACACUCGCUCUCCAUCACAAACACGACAGAGGAGCCAGAGAUCCAAAAUAAGACUCUUUCCAUGCAAGAAUCGCAGAACAACGAUCUUCAAACACAAAGCCAGGAAACAUCGGGAAAUACAGAACUGACUCCAAGCGUGACCUCUGACCCUUCACGAAUCAGUUUAGUGGUAGAAUCAGAGGUUGUUAAUGACGAAUCAGAGAGAAAAACUAAAGGUAUUGUCCAACCUACAAAAGAGUCGCUCAAAACCAGCACUGGAGCGAAACAAACAAUCAGCAAACGAACCUUCAUCUCUAAAAACAGAGCAUCUCUUUCUGCAAAAUCACCUUCAUCUUCCAUUAAACCAUCGACAUCAUCUCCUAAAUGUGUGUCCGCCUCUGAAACCGCGAGUUUGAGGAAGCUCAUUCCUCUCCGGCAGCCCCGUAGUUCUUCUGCACAAAUUCAGGAGCGAACCAAUCGAAGCGUUCUCAGCCGCGCAAAGAAGACGCAAGCGUUUCGUCCGGAGGAGAAGAUGUGUCGCGUUACACUCUGCGGCCUCGACUGUCCCAGUCCUCAAACCUCAAACCGCAAUUCCACGGUCAAACCGCCCAGCUUCGCUCGCAACACCGUGGCGUCAACGACACGCCACGCCACCACUCCUGGAAACCAGGCUAAAGCGCCUGCACUGACCCGCGCGGCUUCACUAAGGCUCUCUCAGGUCCUCAAACCGAUGCAGACGCCUGCUGAAAAUGUUCGCCCGUCGCCCCCUGCUGGAUGCCUGAGGAAGAGCAGCAGCGCCACCUCUGAAAGCUCAGUGUUUACUCGCGGGUCUCGUGAUAAAAAUGUCAAACCCACAUGGAAGUAGAGAGAAAGCUAUGCUAGUACUGUUCAAAAGUUUGGGGUUUUUAAAUGUUUUUGAAAGAGUCUCUUCUGCUCACAAAGGCUGCAUUUAUUUGAUCAAAAAUACAGUAAAAACAGUGAACAGUUUCAGUUACACUUUCAGCGGACACUUUCAGUUAAUGUUCAUUUUUAAGCGUGGCAGUAGCAUCAAAAGUAGAGAGUUACAUUUAUUCAUUUAGCGGUUGCUUUCAUCCAGAGCAACAUUUUUCUGUAGCACAGUAACGUGAGAAACUGAACUAAAACAUGACUAACUAAACUAAAAUACAUUGUCAUGCAAAAUCAAUUUAAAAUAAAAAUUAAACAAAGGAAUUG